ACAACAGAUGUUCUCUGUUGGGGUUCAGAAACAAAAUUAUUGGCUUGUGGCGCCACUUAAUAAUAUUUAUUAAUUCCAUGUCAAAAAUACUAUAAGAUUAAAAUAUUUAAUUAAAUAGAUGAUUAUGUCAAAAUGUUUGUAUUGGCAGAACUGAAAGACAAUGUACGCAUUGCACCAGACCAGUUUAACUUGAAGCUGGUGGACGCAGUGCGUGACGAAAUUGACCGGAAGCUGGCCAACAAGGUGCUGCUGAAUGUUGGUCUGUGCAUAGCACUCAAAGAGAUUGUCUCACUGAAGGACUCAAUAAUUCUGCCUGGCGAUGGUGCCUCGCAUACGGAGGUGCUGUUCCGCUAUGUGGUCUUCCGGCCAAUGGUGGGCACCGUUAUGACUGGUAAAAUACGCACUUGCAGCCGCGAGGGAGUGCAUGUGACGUUGGGCUUUUUCGAUGAUAUACUCAUUCCACAUGCGGCACUGCAGCAUCCCUCACGAUUCGAUGAGGCGGAACAGGCGUGGGUUUGGGAGUAUCCAUUAGAGGAUGGCAACAAACAUGAUCUUUUCAUGGAUGUUGGCGAGCCGAUUAAGUUUCGCGUUUCCCGCGAAAUAUUCGAAGAAACCUCACCCAUUGGGCCGCCCAAGGCGGAGGGCCAAGCGUCCCAGAAUGCCAACACUUCAGCAGCGGCAGCAGCUGCAGCCACAGUUGCAGCAUCGCAAGAAGUAAAGGCACCCUACAAAAUUAUCGGCGCUAUUAACGAGUCCGGGCUGGGUGUGCUUUCCUGGUGGGAUCAGCAGGCCAAGGAUGACGAACAAGAGGGCGAGGAGGAUAAUACGGAAUACGAUAAUGAUGAUGAUGGCGAAGGUGCCUGCGAGGAAUAACCACGACUCAUUUUUUGCACUAUUGUCGAAACAUUUGUAAAGACCCAAGUCCAGAACGAUUUAUGCUCCAUAGAGCGAUGUAUAUGAAAAGGAGAAUUUUACCAAUUAAGGAAUAUUAUUAAGAGUUGAUCUAUUAAACACUUAUCGAACUAAUGCACAAAA